AUGGAUCGCCAGCGGAAAAGGGAGCUUCGCGACCUAAACGACCGAGCUUGGGCGGGUGAACCUGAUGUGUUCACCACGAACAAGUCCCUCGACUCUGCGCUCAAGAAAAAUACCGCCUUUAUCAAACGUCUUCGCACUGGCAUUAGUGCUUCCGCAUUGUCCACCUUCCUAGCCGAUAUCCGGACGCUCUCCCUCCACAAGUACCUCUCUGAGAUCAUCUCGGCCUGCUACGAAGGUCUAUGCAAGCUCAAAUCCCCCGGAGAAAUCGCCGCAGGAGUAGAGGUUGUUAGCGCGCUGCACCAGCGCUUCGGGCCAUGGGAGUUCACUCGCCAGAUUGGGUGGCUGCUCGGUCGCGGACUGAGCACACCGGACAAAGCGCAACUGAAGGCCCUCAGCCAGGAAAUCCGUGAGCGCGAAGAGAAGGACCGAUUGUCUCGCCACCGCGUUCUUCUUCGAGUGGUCACGGAGCUUUGGCUGGUCAAUGUCCUAAAGACUCUGGAUGACGUCGAGCGGCCUGAAGAUUUGGGCGCGAAAGGAAAGGAGGGCGUUGUUGGUAUUGGUGGAAAGCCGGACACACCGUUGAAAGCAAAGACUCCUGCUGCGGGGCAGAAGGAUCAGGACAGGCCUGCUGAUCCGUUCCCUCUGGAGGUUCUCAAAGAACUGCUCGGACAUGACCGAGAUCAUACCAACCUUCCUCUAGCGGUGCUGUUUGUCAAGAGCUUUAGCUGGGAUAUUGUCGGCUCGAAGCUUGCCGAAGAGGGCAGGAAGACCGUUGAGGUUGACGGUGCAACUUCAGCUGCGGACACACAAACUGCCGAGGCCGAUGGAGAGUCCACAGAGGCCGAUCUACCACUCACCCCGGAGAAGACACAGCAGCGCUUCCGAAACAUCUUGAAUCGCUAUUUGGAGGAUGUCAAGGCGCAUGUUGUUCGUGACCAGCGAGCGCUUGCCCAGCAGAACCGUCGUAACGCCGAGGCUUACGUGAAGAGUGGUGAAAUCUUUGAAGACCGUCAAGCCAACUUCGAAAAGCAGUCCAAAGUUUUAGAAAAGCUCGUGGCCAAUACCCAGGUGCUGUGCGAGGCUCUUGGAACUGAGAUGCCUGACAUCGCCGAAAAGGAGACCACGGAUGCCUCAGCCAGCGGUGGGAUCGGACUUGUCAAGACCACAGAUUAUCUUCGAGGCCAAGGAGAAGGAGCUGGCAUCUGGGAAGAUGAAGAGGAAAGGCGAUUCUACGAGAAUCUCGUCGAUUUGAAGGGCAAGGUGCCCGCCAUGCUUCUCGAGGACGGGAAAAAGAAGAAACCCGAAGCCGAGGAGUCGGGAAAGAAGAAGGUGGAUGGCGAAGGUGCCGAGUCUGUCGCAGAGCAGUCGGAAGAGACCCCUGCCGCAGAAACGGAUGAUCAGUCCACUGCCAUUGCUAGCAAGACCGUUGGCGCACAGGUGGAUUCCCUUCUUGCCAAGCUCCCCGAAUUGCAGACCAAGGACCAGGUUGACCAAUUUGCGCUGGACUUUUGCUGGGUCAAUUCAAAGGCUUCACGCAACAGACUUGUCAAGGCUGUUUCGGAGAUCCCCAAGGGUCGCAUUGAUCUUUUGCCUCUUUACUCCCGUCUUGUGGCCACUCUGGGACAAUACUUGCCUGACAUCCCACAGGGAAUCACCACUUAUCUUGACGAGGAGUUCCGAAGUCUGCAAAGGCGCAAGUCCAAGGAGUUCCUUGGUCAAGUACGUAUGGCCAAUGUACGCUAUUUGGCCGAAUUAACCAAAUUUGGCGUGGUUCCUGAACACAUCAUCUUCCACUGCUUCAAGGUCUCUUUGGACGAAUUUUCGCGCAUGAACAUCGAAAUCAUCGGCCACUUGUUAGAGAACUGUGGCCGCUACCUGUUGCGCAACCCGGAGACAUCUCCACGAAUGGCUUCUUUCCUUGAAACCUUGAGCCGGAAGAAGGCUGUUCAACACCUUGCCCAACAGGAGCGAAUGGUCAUCGAAAACGCCAUCUACUACGUCGAUCCGCCACCACGCCCAGCGAUUCAGCAGAAGGAGCGCACGCCCAUGGAGCAGUACAUCCGCCGACUCAUCUAUCUUGAUAUGAACAAGCGCAACUACACCAAAAUCUUGAAGUCAAUCCGCAAACUCCACUGGGAAGAACGUGAAGUUGUUGAAAUCCUGGAACGUGUGUUCAGCAAACCAGUCAAGGUGAAGUAUGGCAGCAUUCAUCUCCUGGCGAUUCUUGUCAGUGCGUUGUACCGGUAUCACCAGGAUUUCGUGAUCGGCAUUGUCGACAACGUCCUGGAACAAAUCACCCUUGGCCUUGAGCAGAAUGACUUCAAAUUCAACCAGAAGCGCAUCGCGGAAAUCAAGUAUCUAGGUGAGCUUUACAACUACAAGAUGAUUGAUUCUCCGGUCAUCUUCGAUACACUGUAUCGCAUCAUCACCUUUGGCCAUGAGGGUGAUGACUACUUCCGCCUGCGUUUGGCCUGUACUCUUCUUGAUACAUGUGGCCACUGUUUCGACCGUGGCUCCGCCAAGAAGAAGCUGGACUUCUUCCUUUCUUUCUUCCAGUACUACCUAUUCACCAAGGACCCCCUUCCCAUGGAUGUCGAUUUCCUCGUCCAGGACACUUACCAUUCCAUUCGCCCGCAAUGGAAGCUUGCCAGCGACGCCGAAGAAGCCACUCGGAUCUUCAGUGAAGCUGUUGCUCAGAAUUACAACGUGCCCGAUUCCGAGAGACCCGUUGAAGUCGACGAGGAAGACGCAGAAAGCAGCUCGUCCGACGAAGACCUUGAAGAGGAUGCCAUUAACGAGAUUGACGACGACCAGGAAUCCAGCGAUGAAGCCGAAGCAUCUGGACCCAAUCCAGAGGGCAAUGACGACAGCGACAGCGAGUCCGAAGAUGAGGAUGAGCAGAUCGUCGUCACCCGCCAGGAAGAGGAGCGAGACCCAGUGACCGAAGCCGAAUUUGAUCGAGAGUUCGAGAAGAUGAUGGCUGAAAGCAUGGACUCCAGACGGUUUGAACGCAAGACUGUCUUUGACAUUCCCCUCCCCAUGAAGCGUCCUCCACGUGAAAACAUGCCCAGUGAUUCCAGCCCGGAGCCAGUCCACGCCGAGCCAGUCCCACCUAAGACCAUGGCCUUUUCUCUGAUGACAAAGAAGGGGAACAAGCAACAGACUCGAUCCAUUGAUCUCCCAUCGGACUCGACCUUUGCCAUUGCCAUGCGGAGCCAACAGCAAGCGGACCGCGAGGAACAACAACGCAUCAAGAACCUAGUCUUGAACUACGAGGCAUCCAAUGAACCCGAACCAGCCGAAAGUGAGAUUGUACCCCAGGGGCCCCCAGACUCCCCAGAUACCCCAGACCCCCCAGAGAACCCCAACCGGAAGAACCCCUUGCUGAGAAAACAAAAAGCAGCAACCCAGGAGAAACGCACCCCCGCAAGCCAACGGACCGACAAGGCCGGCGCCAACCGCUCCGCCUUCCGCUCCCGCAAGCUCCAACUCAGCGACGUCAACUGGUAA